AUGGACUUGAUGAAAACCCUGUGGAGUCUCUCUAACCCUCCCGACUCGGUACUUCGCGAUCUCGAGCGGUUAUUCGUGUGGUAUGAAGAGAGCGUGCAAAAAGUGAGGGAAUCAUCCAGGUGCCUGGACAAUCGCCCAUGCCCCAAGCAAGAUGUUCGAGCCGUCGUCCUCUUCUUGAUACUCAUCCUCAAGAAAAAUCCAACAGUGCCUCUGGAUGAGAUCUUAGAAGGGCUUGAAAAAGCGCCGGCCAGCGCACAAGCAGCGGCACCGGUGGCACUUCCUGGAGGAAACGCCAUUGCUUCCGGAAGUGGGUCUAACUACAAGGGAAAGCAAGUGGAAAGGCCUCGCAGCUCCAGAGAUCAGUCCAACUCAAAGGGGACACAAACCGACGAGUCUCUUGGCCACGGCGACUCCAGCGAUCAACAACCUCUUCCUCCUCGUUUCACACUGCCCAUUGCACAGAUACCAUCACACCUAGCCCACAUUAACAGACAUGAUGGGCUAUCCCAAGCCAUGAAGCUUCUCUUCUUCUUAGAUAUCGACCUGCAGCCCAACGCAUCGCCUGGCGUCGAGGUGGAACACGCAUUAGUCGGGUUGAGAGCAUCACAUUGGGAGGGCGGCCAGACUCUGGAGCAGCUGAUUGGCGAUCUGUAUCCCAACGAGGGAAACGCGGACGACGAAUCCGGGGCUGGUAUACAAGCAAGCAAGCUUCGGUUCCGCUAUCUGCGGCUGCACGCAAACCUCAGUAUAAAGUGGACCUCUCACCUCCCCGAGCACCUCUCCUUCGACUUUGAGGAGGGAGCUAAGACGCUUCGGCUCUUCGGGCAUCCUCUGCUCUUAGAUGUCGCCAGCUUUGCUGCGGUUGGUCGUGUCAACCCAGCACAAAGCAUGAAUGAGUCUAUCCCAUUCGGAUCCUACUCACCAACCUUUCUCUACGAAACCCUCCAGACAUACAAACUCCUCUUCCCCCACCGCGACAGACACUGGGCUCGAAAACAUCUCGGCCAACCAAGCCUCAUAUCAAAAGCCUGGCACCGAAUCCUAUCCCUCACCCCGGACGAACCCGAGCAGCUAACCGUAACCGACACCUUCGCCAACAGACACAAACUAAAAGCCUACGACCGACCCCUGACGAACCGGCGCGAGCUGUUCAAGAGGUACCCGCACUGGGCAGUGCGGCUGCACAUCCUGUACGAGGAAGCCCUGGACCCGUCGCCGACGUGGUGGUGGCAGCGAUGGACGGAGCGCCGGAAAGGCCCGCGGCACGCGUACACGGUGGCGUGUGUUGCGCUGCUGCUUGCGCUCUUGUUCGGGAUCGCCGCGACGGCGUUGGCGGCGGUGCAGUUGUGGGUUGCGUACUGUGACUGGCAGGGGGAUGACGUCCCGCCGGGAUGUUGUGUUCGGGGAGGAGGCAAAAAGACGGCGGAAGGAGGCUAA